AUGAAAGGGCUGUUGAAACAGUUCAAGAACAAUGUCCGUUUCCCGACGAAGGACGGCGGCGGCGGCGGCAGCGAUAGCACCAAGGGCGGCACCGGCGGCAGCACCAGCACCAGCACCGCCACGGGUAACGGCAGACCAGGCGGCAACGGCGCCGCCUGGGGGGCAGAUCCUCCCCCAGGGGGCGCCGGGGACGCUAACGGAGGCGGCGGGGGGGUGCGAGUGGGGGGUGCGGGGCAAUUGGAGGCGCUUUCCGGGGGCGGGGGGGCGGGGGCGGCCGGCGGGGGCGGAGGAAUGCCACCACCACCUCCGAAGGGGACGGCGGGGAUGAAGGGGCCUGUGGGGGCGCAGCUGCAGGGAGGCAUCGUCGCCCCUUCUUCCAGCACGCCGACGCUCAUCAACGGUGUGGAGGACACUCCGGUAGCCGACCCGGAGUUGCCGAGACGCGCGUCCACCGCUUUGAGUCGAAGAUCGACAUCCUUCGAAUCCAGCCGCUCGAGCGACAUCGCGUUCAUCCGAUCAGAGUUCAUGAAGGAGCUACCUCUCCUCAGGGACACAUCACAGCACCAGCGAGAGGCGUUGUUCCAGCAGAAGCUCAAAUUGUGCACGGUCGUGUUUGACAUGACGGACCCGAUGGAGAACUCGAGGGAUAAGGAGGUGAAGAGGUGCACGCUGUUGGAGCUAGUGGAGUACAUCAACUCGACGCACGGGCAACAGCCUGACGACUGCGAUCCGGACAAAGACGAGCCUUUGCUCGAGGAGGCCUGGCCGCACUUGCAGGUGGUGUAUGAGUUUUUAGUCCGGUUUGUCGUGUCGUCGGAGGUGGACGCGAAGCAGGCCAAGCAGUACGUGGACCAGGCCAUGUGCUUGCAGCUCGUCGAUCUCUUCGACAGUGAGGACCCUCGGGAGCGAGACUACCUCAAGACGAUUCUCCACAGGGUGUACGGGAAGUUCAUGAUGCACCGAGCGUUUAUCCGGCGAGCUGUGGGGAAUGCGUUCCUCAGGUUCGUGUAUGAGUGCCCUAGACACAAUGGCAUCGGGGAGUUGCUGGAGAUCCUGGGGAGCAUCGUGAACGGUUUUGCGACGCCGUUGAAGAAGGAACACGUGGACUUCUUGCAGGUCUGCCUGCUGCCGCUGCACACGCCGACCAUGGUCAACAUCUACCACCAGCAGCUGAGCUACUGCGUCGUGCAGUACGUGGAGAAGGAGGCGGACACGGCAACACAUAUCCUCAAAAGCCUGAUUCGGUUCUGGCCGUGGCGAAGCUCGAGCAAGCAAGUGAUUUUCAUUAACGAGCUGGAGGAGGUGCUGGAGUUGCUGGCGGGACCGGACCAGAUAGCUGAGGUGGAGGACCAGCUCUUCAACCUGCUGGCGCGCCUGAUCUCCAGCGAGCACUUCCAGGUGGCGGAACGCGCGCUGUUCCUGUGGAACAACGAGCACCUCGUCACGGCCGGGGUCCUCUCGAUGCAGUACCCGAGCCCGCUUCUGCCGGUCAUCUACGGCCCCCUUCGGGAGCGCUCGACCCGCCACUGGAACACCACUGUGGAAGGGCUGGCCCACAACGUGCUAAGAAUGUACAACGACCAAGACGCUGCGGCAUUUGAAAGAUGUCAUCAGCAGCACGUAGCGGAGGAGGAAGAGAGGGGCCGGCGGCGGGCGAAGGCUGACGCACACUGGGCGUUGCUCGAAGAGUUGGCCCAGCUGAAGGCCGGAGAGUAG